UUACGUAAUCAAGACGUUUUGACUGUUCAGUCGUGGCACAGCUGAACUGUAAAGUCACUGUAGUGCAUUAAUGAACGUGUGUUACUUAUAGUGUUACUGCGGCUGAAAGUCCCUACACCGCUACACUAUCGGUAAACGUGCGUAUAAUUAUACUGUUAUGACUAUCGUUGUAAGAUAGUUGUCAGCAUAAAACGUUGCCAUUUAGUCCAGCUCUAACCGCGCUUGUUAUCGCCACGGUAACGUUAGCUUAACAUCUUAUUAUGUGGGUUUUUGGUUACGGAUCUUUGAUAUGGAAAGUGGAUUUUCCGUAUGAGGAGAAAAGAAUAGGUUAUAUAAAAGGCUUCAGCCGUCGGUUUUGGCAGGGCAGCACCGACCACAGAGGAGUACCGGGUAAGCCUGGCCGGGUUGUGACACUUGUGGAGGAUCCGGAUGGGUGUGUUUGGGGCGUUGCCUACAAGCUGCCGACGGGCCAGGAGCAGGAAGUGAAGAGCUACCUUGACCACAGAGAAAAAGGUGGUUAUCAAGUCAUCACAGUGACCUUUCACCCCCGUCCACCGCUCUGUUCCCCGCCCAGCCAGACGCUGCUCUACAUUGGCUCUAAGGACAAUCCAAACUACCUCGGCCCCGCCCCUUUGGAGGACAUAGCCAACCAGAUCAUCAACUCUACUGGUCCAAGUGGGAAAAACACGGAGUACCUGUUUGAGCUGGCUGAUGCUGUGAGGACAAUUCUGCCUGAAGACUUUGACACUCACCUGUUUUCUCUAGAAACCUUAGUGAGGGAAAGACUAAAACAUGGGCAGGAACACUCAUACAACCAGACUGACUGUAAUUAGAUAAGGAAGUCUUGAUCAGUGCUAUAUACCAGGCUGGAUUUAAAUAUCCUCAGGGUUCGAGAUAUACUGUACAUGGUUCCGGUCAGGAUAUUUGUCAAGUACAGGAAAAAAGAUCUGUAGAAAUGUCACAUUUUUGCAGGGGGAAAAAAACAAUAUGCUGCGAAUAAUAUGAACCUAAAGCUGCUUCAAAAUAACACAAUGGUGUGUACCGUAUCUGGCACUUAAACUACAUGGUGAAUGGUUACAAAUAUGCUUUGAGUAAACUUGAUUUUACUCCUUGUACCCAAGAGCACAAAGAAUGUCUUGAAUAAACUGUAUAUUCUAAUACAUUCACAGAUACAAAUGGUAUAAUUUUCUAAAUGCGAAAUGCAAAACUCCAGAGACUGAAAUACUGUAUGAUGGCUUGAGAAAUAACUAAGACAGUUUCUACACUGAGAUAGAGUUGUAUGUUCAUGUAGGAGCUCGUGUCACUCAACAUACAAAUCUGAGAAAUUUUGCCUUCAAGGUCUUUGAUAUGUUAGUGCUGAUUACACAACACCUGCAUAAGUACCAUUAGA